GGAGAGGAAUAGAGCUGGGGCAGGAUGCUCUCUGAAAUUAACGAAAAAUGUUGGUCAGCAUGCUGGGUUCUCUAAUCUAAUGUUUCUGUUAUCAGGAAUAGAAACUGAAAGGGAGAAACACACACCAGUAAAACAGGACACAGCUUGGGAGGCUGUAGUGAAAGCCAUGGCCACUGGCUGGAACAGAGAUCAUGAAUCCAGAGGCAUCACACAGGGGGGGAAGAUAUCCCAGGAGACAUUUAUAGACACUUAUGACCCAAGUGUCCUUCGAAGGGAGCAAUACAUGCUCUAUGAAAUCAAGUGGAGCAACAACAAAAGGCCCCGGCAGAACUGUUGCCAUAGCACUCAAACGGAGCAUGCUGAAAUCUACUUCCUGGAAGAUGUCUUUCAGAAGCAAAGAUCUGAUCCUUCUGCCCACUGCUUCAUCACCUGGUUCGUGUCCUGGAGUCCCUGUGGGGACUGCUGCAAGCAAAUCAGGGAUUUCCUGAAGGAACAGCCUAAUGUGAAACUAUUUAUUUAUGUAGCACGGAUCUACUGGCACAAAAGGGAAAUCAAUCGUCAGGGUCUACGGAACCUGAUGAACAUCGGAGUGUCCAUCCGAGUCAUGUACCUCCCAGUUUAUAGAUACUGUUGGAGAACAUUUGUCGACAAAGAGGACAAGUAUGAAGAUUAUUGGCCCAGGCACUUUGCUCCAUGGAUAAUGCUAUAUUCUCUUGAACUUCAGUCCAUCCUUCAGAACAUUCCCUCUUGCUUAAAGAUUUCAUCAUUUAAGAACCAGAGUCCAGUUUUCAGCCUAUGUGUAGAUGAGAAACAGAAAAGAGCACUCGCAUUAGCCAAUCCCUAUUACUGGGGAGCCGCCGCCUGCUGUGCCCCACGUGACACCGGAGCCGGGUGCGGUGAGCUGCUGGGGAGAGCGAGGGGACCGCUGGGCAGAGAGCCCAGCGCAGGGAGCCAGCCCCAGACAGGAAUAGAAACUGAAAGGGAGAAACACACACCAGUAAAACAGGACACAGCCUGGGAGGCUGUAGUGAAAGCCAUGGCCAGUGGCUGGAACAGAGAUCAUGAAUCCAGAGGCAUCACACAGGGGUGGAAAAUAAGCCAGGAGGAUUUUGUGGAGAAUUAUGACCCAAGUGUCCUUCCAAGUGUGACUUACCUUCUCUAUGAAAUCAAGUGGAACCAUCGCAGAAGGCACUGGCAAAGAUGGAUCUGUAGUGCUGGUGGUGAGCAUGCUGAAACAUACUUCCUGGAAGAUAUCUAUAGAAAGCUAAGAUCUAAUCCUUUUGUCCACUGCUCCAUCACCUGUUACAUAUCCUGGAGUCCCUGUGGGUACUGCUGCCAGGAGAUCAUGGAUUUUCUGGAGAAAAUGCCUAAUGUGAAUCUAGUCAUUUAUGUAGCACGGCUCUACUGGCACAAAGAGGAAACCAAUCGUCAGGGUCUGUGGAACCUGGAGAAUAUUGGAGUGUCCAUCCAAGUCAUGGAUCUCCCAGAUUAUAACUACUGUUGGAGAACAUUUGUUGACGAUGAGGACAAGUAUGAUGAUGAAGAUGAUUAUUGGCCCAGGCACUUUGCUCCAUGGAUAAUGCUAUAUUCUCUCGAACUCCAGUCCAUCCUUCAGAACAUUCCCUCUUGCUUAGAGGUUUCAUCAGAUGAGAACUAUACUCCAGUUUUCAGCCUAUGUGUAGAAGAUGAGGAACAGAAAAGAGCACUCACAUCAGCCAAUCCCUAUUAGCUGCCAGUAUCCUGGCCUGGGCAGCCAACCGGUCUCUGGAAGCCAUGAGUGUCUUGAACCAGGCCAUCAACUGCUAAGCAACAGAAACCACUUGACAGGAAACAUCACCCACAUUAAAGCGCCACAAUUUGGGGAGGGGAAGAGGAUGCAGCCAGAAUGAGUGCAACAGAGUGACUGCUUUGCUAACACAGCGUGUUUUCUCAGUUGGUGGGUUACUCUUGCAUGAGCUGAUAGAACAGUAGCUCUCAAACUUUUAUACUGGUGACCCCUUUCACACAGCAAGCCUCUGAGUGUGACUCCCCCCAUAUAAAGUAAAAAC